GGCCGGGGCCGGGACAAGGACAGGGACAGGGACGGGGACAGGGGCCGGAGCUCUCCGCCUCCCAGCGGGAGGGAGCCCCGAGCGGGGACGUGAGCCGUGGGCCCCCGGGGUCAGGACGCAGCCGGCGGGGACAGGCGGCCCCGGUGAUCCGGCUCCGCCGCGGGGCCGUUCGCAGCCGCAGGAUGGAGGGCGCCGGGGCCGGCUGCACCUCUGGAGGAAGCCGCGAUUCUGAUAUUGUCUGCGAAAAACACUUGUUCAAAGGCAAACUGCCGGAGCCGCUCUUUCAGCUGGCGUGCAGUCACCAUCACUGCGCUUUCCCCGUGAGCCGCAAUGGGUUGUGCGUCUGGAACACAGACACUGCUCAGCCAUUAUAUUUGUCAGGGCAUCAUUACUCAAUUUCUGCAUUGUCAUUUGGAAAUAAAAUCAAUCCACUCCUUGUCUGCUCUGCCUCUCAUGAACGUGUGAUAGUGUGGAAUCUUGAUGAAUGUACGCAGAAAGUGGAAGAAGGGUUUACACCUCGAGGAAUUGUUAUAGGAACUCUUUUGGGAAUGGUGCUUCAUGUAAGAUUUAGUCCAGAUGAUCAACAAGUGGCAGUAUGUGCUGGAAAUCAGAUCUACAUGUUAAGUGCAAAGAAUGAGGCUGUACUAGCUGAAUUGGAUGGACACCUGGCUCCGGUGACUGCUGCUGAAUUUUGCUCAUGGGAGAAAAGUAUGCUCGUAUCAGUGUCAGAAGACAGAACCUUUAAGGUGUGGGACUAUUCUACCAGCCAGUUAAUAUAUCAGUCAGGAAUAAUAACAGCCUCUCCUUUGCUAAGUCUGUUAAUUGAUGAAGAAAACAAACAGAUUAUCACUGGAUGUGCUGAGGGACAGCUUUGGAUCUUCAGUUUAAUCAGUGAUCAUAAUUACCGUUGUAUAGCACAUAUCGACUUAAAGAAAGAGCAAGAGAAAUUCUGUAAUAAAAUGUGGAAAUCUGGCCAAGAGAUAGGUGAAGGGCAAAAUAAUUUCAAGCUUUGCAAAACAGACAACAUGAGACCAGAAGGAUCAGUGGAAACGUCAUUGCCUAUCCUCUUAAUUGAGCAUUGUGACUUUUUUGUAUGUUUCCAUAAUGAAGAAAACAUAUAUUCUUCCCAGAAUACUAGCUAUUUUUGGAUUGGAACCUCUACUGGCUUGUUAAUAAUUAAUUUGGCAAACUUAGAAUUGGAAGCUCUUUUAUUUUACAGAGAUUACAGUGACCUCAGCAUUCGGAUUGCCAGAUCAUGUGCAUUAACAAGGAAGGCAGCUAAUGGAAAGGUUUUAUGCUUGAUUGCCUCAAUGUUUGAAGAUAUGAUUGCUGUGUUGGAAGUUAACCUUUCUGCAUUGGUGAGAACUCAGCAGAGUGAUUUUCUCCCAUGUGGAAAUGAGAAAAGUCUAUCAGUUAUUGCCAGGUGUACUUUAUUAGCGAAUUCUCCAUUGUGUAAAGGUAUAAAGAAGAACAUGAAAGGACCUUCCAGUAAAACACUUGGAGUGAAGAACACAGUGAAGGAUAAACCAUUGGUUUUCCAUAAUAAAAUUAAGUCAUCAGGAUAUACAGCAGCACCACGAAUGGCCAUGUUUUCUCCAAAUACUAACCUGAGAAAAAAAGAGGUAUCAAAGUGGAAGACCAGUUGUAAAUGUAAAAAUAAAGAAUAUCCAUUGGAAAGUUUUCCUCCAAUGAAAUAUGAAAAAGAGAUAUCUGUUACUUGUAAACCAACCCCAAUUUUUUGUGUUCAGUAUUCUGGGGAUGGAGAGCUGCUGGCUUGUGGCCAGGCUGACAAAACUGUGCUGAUAUUCAAUUCCAAUCUCACUGAUGUGCAUAAUGUUUUUUCAGGUCAUGAUGGUGCAGUUAACUCUGUUGGCUGGAGUCAUGACAGGAAGUGGUUAGUUUCUGCAUCAGAAGACAGAACUUUAAGGGUCUGGUCAACCUGCAAUAAGGAACCUGCCCUAAUUCUGGGUAAAGAGAAGUUCCAUAAGACUGUACGCUUUGCACAGUUUUAUUUUAUAGAUACAUUUAUAUUACUGUGUUGUGGAGCUGAAUUUCAUCUCUUAAGUUUCCAUCUAGACACAACCAAGGAUGACCUAAAACGAUACAAACAGAGGAGUGUUUGCAAAUUGGUACAGAAAUUUCCCAUGACUUCCGCAAUGGAGAUUACCAGCCUUUCAGCAGUAAAUGAGUUCUAUUCUUAUAUUGUACUUACAGCUGGCAGCAACCGAGCGUUGGAAGUUUUUGACCUCAAUGCGGGCUGCAGCACAGCAGUGAUACAGGAAGCUCAUGUUAGAUCAGUCCAUCAGAUCUGCCAAAAUAAGGGAUCAUCCUACAGCACUCAGCAACCUGAAGCUUACAACCUUUUCCUGACCACAGCUGCAGGUGAUGGCAUCAAACUGUGGGAUUUAAGAACACUGAGGUGUGAACGUCGUUUUGAAGGGCACAGUAGCCGCUGCUAUCCAUGUGGAAUUGCAGUGUCUCCCUGUGGACGCUUUAUAGCCAGUGGAUCAGAUGACAAAUAUGCUUAUAUAUAUGAAAUGCGUUCAAGCACUUUUUUGCAAAAACUGGGGAGACACACAGAAUCUGUAAUCAAUGUCAGUUUUAAUCCCUCAUCUCCACAGUGUCUUCAGAUCCCAGCUUCACCAAUCUAAUAUCACAAAAUCACGGAAAGGUUGAGAUUGGAAGAGACUGCUGGAGGUCAUCCAGUCCAAUCCCUCUGCUCAACUUGGGCCACCUGCAGCAGGUUGUUCAGACCCAUGUACAGUCAGCUUUUGGAUAUCUUCCAGAAUGGAGGCUCCACAAUCUCUCUGUGCAAAUGGACAGCAAUCUGACUGCAAGAUGGCCUUCAAUGAGCUGUAAUUAUGACAAGCCUUUUGUUACAGUGACCCACAUUAAAAGUGGAUAUGUGACUGAAAAAAUCAGCAGCCAGAUUAGCAACUUUUUGAUUUUGCAAAGUUGUGUCUGCUGCACAGAACUUGAGAUGGAGAACUAUGGAGAAGGGAGAAUUGCCUGAAAUCCUGAAAUAAUGUGGAAUUCUCAGUAGACUUCUCUAGUCCAUGCAUGAAACUUUCAAAAAGUAUUCCUAGAGAAACAACAAUGACAGAAAAACUUAAAAUCUCUUUCCUAAUUUCCUGCUUAGUAAUCAAUGAGUGAGGACCUGGAACAGACUUCUAGUUGGAAGUUUCAGGAUAGAAAGACUUUUAAUUGCAGAAUGGACCUUGAUUAUAUAUGAAACAGAUAAACAUUUCUUGAUCUAGAAUACUCUUUUCAUUCCAUGUCCUAUGCUUACUUCAAGGUGAAAUGUCAGUGCGGGUUAUUA